AUGCCCGCCCCACUAUUCCUAUCCGGACCAUGCGAAAUAUGUGGACAACAGACUUCAGGCAGACAUUUUGGAGUGAUGAGUUGUCGAGCCUGCGCUGCUUUCUUCAGAAGAGCAGCGAGUUGGUCGAAGAAGAGAAUCGAAUGUCCGAAGGGAAAUUGUACAAUUUUUGAAGAUGGAAAAUUCCAAUGCAAACGAUGUAGACUUAAACGAUGUUUUGAUGUAGGAAUGGAUGCUGGUAAAUUCCAAAGCAAUCGUGAUCUGAUCUCAUGUUCCAAUAAAUUCAUAAAACGUGUUGCAUUUAUCAUAGGACCCCCACAAACUCUAUCCACAUUUCUCGGAAGACCCACAUUCAUUUUGUGUUGUGAGCCGGAUAAAGCAUCUCAUAUCAAGACAGUUAUAGACGUGACGUAUUUAGUGGAUAUUGCAAAUACAAUGUUUUUGAAGGAGCCUUCCCAAAACAUCAAACCGUUCCAAUUCCAUAACAGCCUUGAGAAACUAUCGAUAACAUUAGACGACAUGAGACUAAAACAACCUGACAGUAAGAUAAAACAGUUGACACGGGUUGGAAAGGAUGAAUCUCUUUUCAUUUGGGAGCAAUCAUUUUUGAGAGUUGUUGAGUGGUUUGCGAACUUCACCGAGUUCAGUGAAUUAGAAGAUUAUAUAAAAUUAGAAAUAGUGAAAGCAGCGUGGAUCUGCUGGACUCGUCUGGAGAAAUUGACAGAAACUGCGGAAUAUCAGAGGAAGAAACUAUUCACGAGUGAACAGUUUAUGUGUGGGAAUGAUUCUUGCUUGGACUUUGGGAAUUAUGAAGUUGAUUUGGAAUGGUGUACAAAUUAUUCUUUGGAGCAGCUAACUUUCUACAUGAUGCCUCAAGUGGAGUUAAACGCCCGUCAAUGCAUACAAGAUCUAAUCGAACUUAAUCCAAGCAGUAUCGAAAUCAACUACAUGCUCCUCCAAGUAUCUCUAUAUCAUGCUGGUAGAAAGUGUCAAGGAAAAGUUCUGGAGGCAACUGAGCGACUUCUUCAAUCUCAAGCGGACAAUCUUCAUGAUUAUUACAUGAACAAAAUGAAACUGGCAAAUUAUUCUGGUCGAUUGGCAAAAAUGAUGAAGAUCAAUCGAAUGAUCGAAGCAGAUAUGAGGGAAAGAGCGGAGAAGAAUGAAAUUGCAAGGCUGUUUAAUAUAUUAAAAAUAGACUUUUCUCAUCCAGAUAUGUUUGAGUCAACAUGA